AUGGCUUCGGCUGCCCUGAAAUCUGGAAAAAGAAGUGCUUACACAGCAGUCAAAGUCGAUCCUGACGGGGACUACUGUACGCCCGGCGCAUUUGACUUAGAGAGGCUGUUCUGGAAAGGCAGCCCGAAGUACACCCAUGUCAACGAAGUCUGGCCCAACCUCCACAUAGGAGACGAGAAAACGGCACUGGAUCGGUACAGCCUGGAGAAAGCCGGCUUCACCCACGUCCUCAAUGCAGCCCACGGCCGGUGGAAUGUGGACACGGGGCCAGAGUACUACAGUGAUAUGGCCAUCGAGUACCACGGCGUGGAGGCUGACGACCUCCCCACCUUCGACCUGAGCCAGUUCUUCUACUCUGCAGCCGCCUUCAUCGAUACAGCGCUUCAGAAGGAGACGAACAAGAUUCUGGUCCACUGUGCCAUGGGGCGCAGCCGCUCAGCGGCCCUGGUUCUGGCUUACCUGAUGAUAUACAAGAACAUGACCGUGGUGGACGCCAUUGCCCAGGUGCUCCAGCACAGGUGCAUUCUCCCGAACCGUGGCUUCCUGAAACAGCUCAGAGAACUGGAUAUCAAGUUGGCCCUGGAGAGAAGGGAUGCCGCGAAUGGGACGGACAGUAGCACGGAAGAGGAAGCCUGCCCUGGGAUGGAGAGGCUGCAUCCCGACCUUUCCAGAAAAGAAGUAGCUAAAAGAGAAUAA